UACAACUCUUGUUUACAUACAUUAAUGUCAUUUCAUGUGAAUAGCAAGCGCAGGAGAAUUCAGAAAAUUUACGUUUGUUUUCUUUUAGUUAUACCUAGAUAACCCGGCGCUUCUUUGAACAAUUAUUGCGAAGAGGUCAACCCACCAUGUCUUCCUGUUCCACCUACGAAGGUAUCGAAGACGAGAUAAGCAGCUGGGGCUUCUCGGUGUCGCUAUCAGAUUUUGAAAGAUCUCGACAGUCCGAGGAAAAUUUCCAGCUCAGGCGAAAUGGACUGGGUGCUGGACGAGGAAGGGGAAUCAUCGACAAUAAGUACAUGGAAACAAUAAGAAUGGUCUCGGAUAUCAAUGCGUUGAAAGCCCAUCCUUUCCCCAUGGGACACCUAGCUACAACUUCUGAAGUUCUGGAAGCUUCUCCCGAGAAUGAAAUAACUCCACUGUUACGAAAAUUAGGCGUUUGUGGUCAUGAUGGGCAAAUCAGUAGUCGCACCACAAGACAAGUGCCUGAACAUAACGAAGAAAUUCGGCUGGAUAGUAAAAUACCGGUCAUACUCAACGGUGAACUAUUCGGCGCACCUCUGAGUCAUUCAGGCUCUGAUGCGAUAACUAGCGACAGUGACGAACCAUAUGAUCCUAAAAAGCCACUGCAGGAACAAUUCACGACAAUUAAGGAAUUUGCUCAAGCUGAAAGGUUAGAGACACCUGACAGUGUCAUUCACCUCAGUCCGGAGGGCAAAAAUAAUUCCACAUGCCCAAAUUCUUCCAAACUAAGUUCCUCUACGGUUUCGAUUGAAAUAUCAUCUCAUUCAACGCCAGCAAACGAUGACAGUUCAUCCGCAACGAGUGUUACAACCUACAGCACUGGUGAACAGUACUCGAAUGACCAGUGGGACGAGGAACCGCUGCUCAAGAAAAAGGAUCAAGUGUACACACCGAGGCAGUUAUAUCAAAUCAAAAAAAUGCACACUUGUAGAGUGUAUCCUGUAGCUUAAUUAUAAGUGGUGUGUAUUUCCAGAUUUUCGAAAGCUGGAAGAAGAUUUUAGUGUCGGUAGGAUCGUUGGAAUACUAUACAGUUUAUCUCAAAUAGCACAAACUGGCCAACAUAGCUUCAGUUUAUGUUUUAUUCAUAUUUCAAUUUGUUAUUUAAAAAAUCAGUUCAGUUGUUGAAGAAUUAUAUCAGGAUUAUAUGUUGUUCCUGUAUCCUAUUCAGGACAUUAUGUCGAAGAAUCAAAUCCAGUUGAAAACUUUGAAUUCAACUUUCUUCGCUUUCAUUUUAUUGGGCCAAAUAGGAUAGACGGUAUAGGAAACUUAUUUAAAAAAUAUCGAGGUAUGUCGAGUCAUUUUUCAUCAAAAGCAUGAACAGGGAUGAUAUAAACUGAAUUUGUUAAGUAAAGAACCGACACUCAUAUAGUGAAUUUCUUUAUUGACACUAGCUGCUGCCAAAACCCUUCUUUAUUUGUUAGGUUUUGACCCACCUGGUAGCACCUCUAAAGCACACUGAAAUUUUAUCAGUUUCAGCACACCACCGCAUGGGCUUAGUUCCCUAACAACUGUAUGGCAUCUCUUUCUUACUUGCAUCGUAAAUUGCAAUAUCGUUUCAUUGUUCCUGAUAGGUUGGCACUGGCCCAGUAAAAUAAAGAAAUUCGCUAUUAGAUUUUAUUAUCGAGUAUGUUACAAACGAUUACCAAGAUUCCAGCAGCUAAGUACUCGUUAGAAAUAUCGGUAGUCCAUCAAAAUAGUAAGAUGAGAUUCUUGGUAACAUUUCACCGCGAUACCCAAACGUUUAUACAAAAUGCGCUUAAAAAAUGUUAAACACUUGCUAAUAUCUGAGAAAAUGAACUGCCAUUUGUAAUCCAUUAAUACAAAAAAUAAAAUACAUUACUAACAUUUUUAUUUAAAAACGGUUCAGUUUUAAAACCAGAAACUUUUUGCUACACUUACCAACCGCAAAAAUAGCGCGAGAAAUAAAAAAAGGCUCAUGCAAUGAAGCAAUUACUACUGGUAUUAAGCAAUUCGGAUAGUACUUUUUCGCAAAAACAGUUAAACACAAAUUAUUUGCGGAAUAGUUUGAUGUUUUUCUCUAUCGAGGUUACAAUAUGUGGUGUCGAUGUGAGUUAUUAAUCCUACGAAGACGCUCAGAAGAAAGUAACACCCUACUCAAAUUAACAAAACAAAGUACUAACUAUGAUUAUGGCUAAUUUUGUAUCCUUUGUAAAUCGAUAAAUUGGCUGUUGUGAGCAUCAUUAUCAUGCACUUCAGAACUCAAGUAGACUCGACUCGACGAAUGGCUCGUCGAAGCUUCUGUGAUUCGGCCAUAGAUUCAGUACCUCAACUAUUCCAUUCGCGUAAAAAAUAAUUUAUUUAAUAAAAACAAAUUAUAAUUGAA